UCCAGCUGAGCGCAGGUCGGGUUCUUGAGGCUCCAGCCCUGAGCGACUUGAAGAGACCGUAUCCUGUUUUUGCAUUCGCUCGCCACGGGACCGGAGCAGCUUGUGGUUUUUCGCGCAGAGAGGAUGUCUCUGUCUCUUCAGCUCGCACCUGGAACGAGGAAACACUGAGGCGCUUUUUGAAACUCUCUGUAUUUUUGUUUUUAACUUCGGAAGCAAAGCGCAGGACCCGAGCUCUUCCAUUCCCUGGACACUGGGAUACGCGCGUUUGGCACCAAAGACAGGACCUGAUGCGCGUGUAGACCCUGACCUGUGGCACCACCUGUGACACCAGGGCACCAGAUACGAGCUGUUCCUGCAGCUGUGACCUUGAAGACGCAGCCUGGCUCCGUGAGAACAGGAGACUCCUGCUUUCCCUCUCACCUCUCUGCAGUUUAUAUCGAACCUUUUAUUGCCUCGUAAAACCUUCACUGGCACAGGUUGCUGACAUUGCAUCAGCGGCAAAGUUGCCUUAUCAGAUAAGCGCGGCACGUUUGCUGCUGGAGGCGGCUUUUACGCACAGAGGAGACACUCGAGCGCACGGGGGGCUGCGGCAGGUGCAAGAAGAAGAACAAAAAGAAGAACAAGAAGAAGAAGACUUGAAACACAUUCCCUCAAAGCGGUUUGACCAUCACAGCCACUAACAUGACGGACGGUGCCAGACAACGCGGCAGCACGGCGGGCUCCGCCAAGGAUGCUGCCGGAGACAACUCGUCCGAAGGAGGGGUCGAGCUCAAGAAGUCCAUCGGGCUUGUGAGCGCCUGUGGCAUCAUUGUUGGUAACAUCAUCGGCUCGGGUAUCUUCGUCAGUCCGAAGGGCGUGCUGGAGAACGCCAGCUCUGUGGGCGUGGCACUGAUUGUGUGGAUCAUCACCGGUGUCAUCACCGCCAUCGGGGCGCUGUGCUACGCCGAGCUGGGUGUCACCAUCCCCAAGUCGGGAGGAGACUACUCCUACGUGAAGGACAUCUUCGGAGGCCUGGCUGGGUUCUUGCGUCUGUGGAUCGCCGUGCUGGUCAUCUACCCGACCAACCAGGCUGUGAUCGCGCUGACCUUCUCCAACUACGUCCUGCAGCCGCUGUUCCCCACCUGCUUCCCCCCGGAGAGCGGCCUGCGUCUGCUGGCUGCCGUCUGCCUCCUGCUGCUGACGUGGGUGAACUGCUCCAGUGUGCGAUGGGCGACCCGGGUGCAGGACAUCUUCACCGCCGGCAAGCUGCUGGCCCUCGCCCUCAUCAUCAUCAUGGGCAUCGUGCAGAUCUGCAAGGGAGAUUACUACUGGUUGGAGCCAGCCAACGCCUUCGAGCCCUUCCAGGAGUACGACGUGGGUUUGAUAGCCCUAGCCUUCCUACAAGGCUCCUUCGCCUACGGGGGCUGGAACUUCCUCAACUACGUCACGGAGGAGCUGGUGGACCCCUACGUGAACCUGCCCCGCGCCAUCUUCAUCUCCAUCCCGCUCGUGACCUUCGUGUACGUCUUCGCCAACAUCGCCUAUGUCACGGCCAUGAGUCCUCAGGAGCUGCUCGCCUCCAACGCCGUGGCAGUGACGUUCGGUGAGAAGCUGCUGGGAGUCAUGUCGUGGAUCAUGCCCAUUUCUGUGGCUCUCUCUACCUUCGGGGGGGUCAACGGUUCCCUCUUCACAUCUUCAAGGUUGUUCUUUGCCGGAGCCAGAGAGGGCCACCUCCCCAGCCUGCUGGCCAUGAUUCACGUGAAACGCUGCACUCCCAUCCCGGCUCUGCUCUUCACCUGCCUGUCCACUCUACUCAUGCUGUGCACCAGUGACAUGUACACCCUCAUCAACUACGUGGGCUUCAUCAACUACCUCUUCUACGGAGUCACAGUCGCCGGGCAGAUUGUCCUGCGCUUCACACAGCCCGACAUGCACCGGCCGAUUAAGAUCAGCCUGAUUUGGCCGGUCAUCUACCUCGUGUUCUGGGCCUUCCUGCUCAUCUUCUCCCUGUACUCCGAGCCCCUGGUGUGCGGCAUCGGCCUCCUCAUCAUGCUGUCCGGCGUGCCCGUCUAUUUCCUGGGAGUCUACUGGGACAAGAAGCCACAGUGCUUCCAUCGCCUUGUUGACAAGAUGACCUACCUGGGCCAGAAGUUUUGUGUGGUUGUGUAUCCGGCCGUCAGCAGCAGCAGCGGGAGCGGAGAGGAAGGAGAGGAAAUGAAGGAAGCCCUCGCUCCUCUGUCCAAGGACGACGGAGACAACCACAAGUCAGCGGACUGCUAGAACCCCCCCCCCCCCACCCCCGCAAGCAAACAAGCGACAAACAGACGCACACCUGGGCGUACACUCACACAGAGACACACGCAAACACGCAGUACAUCCCAGUUUGUAGUGGAUUUACUGAUCGACACCUGCUUUCCCCCCCCCCCCCCCCCCCCCCCCCCCCCCACACACACACUCACACAGACACACACACAUUGCCUUUAAGAUUUCCUGUUUGGUUUUCAGAAGAUCGAUCAACUCUUUUGCCAAAUAUAGUGUGAGAUGUUUUUAGAAUCACCUCCAACUUUUCUAACUGGGGUCUUUUUAAAGUGCAAUAAAGAAAGGUUAGCACCUUCCAACUUCUCAGUACACGCUUACUCUUAAUCAUCAUCAUCAUCAUCAUCGUCAUCGUCAUCCUCCCUCUCCCCCCGCCACACACUCUGCACACUCCUACUGUAAGAGCAACAUUUUUUUAUUUAUUUCGUUUUUUAUUAUCAGAAAGACUGUGACGCCUGCGCAAACAUUUUUAUUUCUCUUAAUUUUUGUUGUUGCCACCUUGUAAAUUUUGCUUCGUCGUCUGUUCAACACACCAAAGCUGUAUUCCGGUCGUCGAGGCAGAAAAUCUGAUCCAGAUCAAAUCAUUUCAAUGUCGGCGAGACUGUGAUUCCAAGAUGUCUCUACUUUUCUUUUUUUUUGUAAUUGUGACAAUUGUUGAUAUCUGAUGUUGUUUUAGUUUAAAUACUUAAAUUUUAGUUUUGUUGAUAUUUCUCUCUAUUUUAAAUUUUUUUUAUUCUGCAUCAUAUUCAAAUGGGCCUAUUUUUUACUCUUGAACCUGCAAAGCGUUGUAGACCAGAAGGCUGAUGUGGGAUCUGUGUUUUGUGUGGUUAAGUGUGCACAAUUCUUGUUAAUUGCCUUAAUUAGGAUGUAUUCUGUACUUGGGUGCCAUCGUGGCAGUUUUGACUGAGGAGAGGUUUGUUCAUCCUACGACACUACACAGAGAAUUUAACCCAUUGACACUUUAGGACGUAGGCGACUAGGAUACUCACAUUACCUUUCACCACCAUUUGCAUUGUUUAUAUGCAAUUCCCUACACCGACACAUGUGAAUGCCCGUGUGUAAAAAACUGAUUUUGUUUUGUUAAAGGCAUUGAUUGUCUUUCAUGUUUUACUGCAAGUAUUUCUGUAGUUCAACACGUAGAUUGUGUUUAGAUAUUAUUUUGUGCUUUAUUUAGGGUGUAGAUAAGGAAAAUAAAAAAGAGCUUUACAUAGAAAGAAAAUAUAUUUUGAUUGGUGCAGUUCACAGGCACCAUUGAGAACUGAGCCCAAGACUGACUCCAAUCUGUCAUCUGGUUAGAGUAUCUAUACCUACACUGUAUAUUAUUGUAACAACACUCUUUCACACAUUAUAUAACUCAACGUCUGCAGUCUUUCUAUAAACUGUUAGUGUCUCAGGGCAUCGCCACUGCCAAAUCUCCACAGAGCCGACUCGUGGCUUCCUCUACUCCAGUCUGUUCAUGCUAAAUGUUUGUACUGGUGCUCGAUCCUUCAGCUAAUUCACUCAGAAGAACUAACUACAACUAUGACAAGCACCAUUAAAGUUUAGCCAGUACUGUAAAGGUUGCUCUUGUUAAACUCUCGAGGGGAACAUGAUGUCUUGGAUGUCUUAACAAGUACAACGAUUGUGUUUUGUGCCUGUACGGUUAUUGUGUAUUUACAGAAUGCACAGAUUUCAUGACAGUCUGUAUUUUUUGUCUUAGUAAAUAAAAACCACUGACUAAUGUU